GACUGAAGCUCUCGCGUGAAGGAGCGUACUUUUUUACAUCUUAAGAUGGCUGCCUUGGUAAUCAUAGUCUGGUUUCUUGAUAGAUACUACAUUGCAGAAAGAACAGAUUUGGUGAAACUUUGUUGGUUAUCUUUGGGAUAAGACAAAAAAAGAAGAUAAACUGGCAAGAAAAGUUGGCAAGCAUUAUGGUCAGAUACUUUACUUUUCUGUUGAGGGUGGAAUGACAUUAUUGAUUCAGGUAGGGGAAAAAAUCCAAUAUGUUAAAAAAUAGACAGCUGCCAAGAUGAGUUUUGUAGACUACGGUCAGACUGUGGAGGACCAUCAGUCUUUACUUGUACUGGUUCGCCACACAGGCUCCAGUCUUCCUGCACACUUAUUCCGACGUGUUUGGGAGCGAAUCAGAAGUCUGAAUUCAGUGCAUGUUCAAGGCCAGAACCGAAAUGUUAUCGUCAGGUACAAGCGCACCUAUCCUACAGAGAACAAUGAAUGGGGAGAUUUCCAGGCACACAGAAAAGUAUUGGGACUCAUUUCAGUUGGAAAAUGUGUCGACCAUAAGGAAUUUGAAGAUCUAUUUGAAAACUACAAAAAGGUAAAGGAGGAAUAUGCCAGUACCAUCAUUAACUCCCGUCUUAUCAUCUAUGGGAUGAACACAGAUGGAUCACCUCUUGAUGAAGAGCAGGGACAGUCACCAUCAUCAGAGACUUCCGGUUCUGAGAUUGGAGAUUUAGGGGUUAAAAGUCAGACUGGGCUCUCAUAUGAACCUUGCCUAUCUUCGUCCGAGUUCUGUGAUACAGAUUCCUGUGGUAACCCUACAGACAUUACAGCGGAAGUUAAAGCACUGUCUGAAAAAGCUAAAGCUAGUCAAGUUGGAAGGGAUAUCCCACUAAGUGACCAUGAUUCUGGACUGGGAAUAAUAAUGGAAGGUAGUGAGACCAGCAGUAUGAAAAGCUCUAGUUUAUCUGGAAAUGACAGUGACAGCAUUAGCAUAGGCUUACAGAACUUAGAGAAAGACAGUGCUACAGGAAAAGAAGGAACAGUUAAAGCCAUAAAAGAGACAAAUGGGACAGUUUCCGAUUCCAAUGGAAAGGUGGUGGAAGUCAGACGACCACACAGCAAAAGCUUGACUAAAGAAAGCACAGGGUCAGAAGUCGUCUUCUACCCAAACAUCGACCAGUGUGCAGAUCUGGAGGAGAGACUCAGGGAAUUUGUGACAUCGCUUUUCUUUGUACUGGAAGGAAAGAGGUUGGAGCGAUCAUUUGAGCGCAAUGACCGCCUUGUGCUGCUUUGUGCUCCAUUCGAAAAGAAAGACUAUGUUGGAGUGGACACGGAUACAAAGACUUUCAGAAAGAGGUGUUUGGGUCGUCUACGGAAGCACUUAGGUGACCUGUGCCUACAGGCCAGCUUGCCAGGGGAGGCGAUUCUUCACUAUCAGACUUCGCUUGAUUGGCUACGAUCUGUUAAUGAUUUUUUGUGGAUGGGAGGUUGCUAUGAGGGUCUCUGUGCUUCCUCUGUCAUUAUGACAUGUCCAAAGAGCAACUCUGCACCUCUCAAAAGAAAUUUAUCUUUCUCAGUCAAACGUGGUGCCUCAACACCAGAUCUCAAACAGAGGCCAGCCUCAUUAAAAACUCAGACCUCACAUGGAAGCACCAUAGCCAAUGGACUUGAUCACUUAGAAGGACCUUCUCUUCACUGCCUUAACCCAGACGAUAUUAUUGAAAAAUACAAGGAAGCCAUAAUAAAUUACAGCAAGUACAAGAAUGCAGGUAUGAUAGAGAUGGAGGCAUCCCUGAAGGCUUGUCGAGUUCUCAUUUCCCAGGGGAAAUAUCUGCAGGCUUCAGAUUUCCUGCAGAAUGUGGUCUACAUCAAUUUUCCGACGUCAGAGGAAGAGAAGGUUCAGAAGUUUAUCACUUUGUCAUCAUUAUAUGGUCAAAUUGGUUUCAUGCGAAAAGAAGCAUUCUUUAAGAGGGUGGCAGCCAUGCAGUGUGUUUCUCAGUCGGCAUCAUCACCGGCAUGGCACCAGUGUUACCAACUGCUUCUCCAGGCACUCACUGGCUACAACAUUGCCCUGGACCCUCGAGAAAUGCCCCAAGGUAGUCUGUCUGGCUGGCCGGUUAUUCAGUAUCAAGUGCUACACGAGCUUGUCUGUUCAGCCCGCAGAAUUGGAAAUCCUCAACUAGCUGUUAGACAUAUGACCCUGUUGGUGCACACUAUGCUUCCGCAUAUGACGCCAAAAGAGCAACAAGAAGUGGUGGAAGCACUGAAGACACUGUCAGACCGCUGUCAGGGUACUCCUCAACCCUUGUCCACCAAUACCGGCUUGAUUCUGCCACCAGUCAACCUCACAACAUUGCCAACUGUCAAAUUAUUUCAGCCUUUAAGUGCAACACCACAUCUUCGUCCUGUCAAGAUUGCAGUAAAUGAUGACAGCACCGGGAGUAUCUUCAUAUACACACCUCUCUCAUUAGGACAGGCUGAUAAGAAAGUCGACUCAUGUUCCGUCGAUUUUCAAUGGGUGGCUGAAGAUAUGUGUGAGGUGCAGCUGCAGGUCAUUAACCCUUUCUCAGUGGAGCUGCAGUUGCUGUAUCUGGCUUUACUGACAGAAGCUUUAGAUGUGGAGUUGUUUCCUGUUAGCCCUACCAUUCCACCAGACUCGGACCCUAUAACCAUCAAGCUCACUGCCAAACCUAAGAAGCCUGGACAACUGAAGAUACUUGGCUAUGCCACACAGGUGUUUGGUGUAAAAAGCCAUUGCAAACUCCGAGACCUGACAUCUAUUGCUGUGCCACCAUAUUAUGUUGUUGAGGUGAUCCCUGCCCUCUCCCAGGUGACAUUGUCGUGCUCACUCCCCAAGGCAGUCACAUUUGCAUCCUCCUCCUCAUCAGAAGGUGCUACUGUUGUAGCCAACACUUCAACUAUUUUAUAUGCUGGUCAGAGUCAAGACUGUGUUGUGACGCUGGACAAUGUCAGUUUAUAUUCCGUCACUUCCCUGGGUGUAAAGCUGGGCAUGCGCACUGAUGCUAGAGAGUGUGUCAACAAAAUGUUUGCAUGGAGUGAUGAAAACAUUCAGUCCCAGCUGCCCCUGCAACCAGGAAAUCAGCUGUGCAUGACCCUUGCACUUUAUGGCUACAGUGAUUUUCUCCUGCCACCAGUUACGUCCCCUGAGCUGUCUUCCUCUUCAGUGUCAAGUCACUCGCGAACAGAAAACCUAGAUAUAAAGGGUACCCAGACAGUAGAAGCAUUGCUGGCUGUGCAGUACAGUGGAGGGCCAGGGCAUGAAGCAGGUUACUGCCGCCGAUGUUCUCUGGCAGUGACUGUGGAUAUUCUGCCGUCCAUCUACAUCACAAACUGGGAUGCUGUACCCCUUAGCAGUGGUCAGGAGGUGGCACUAGUCCUGGAUCUGCUGAAUGCCUCUAGUCAUCAAAUCGAUGUCCAGUGUGGGAGUGGUACAGGAGAUGGUGCUGUGCCAGUUAUUAUUGAGUCACAGCAGUGUCGCAGAAUCGUAGUAACAGUUCCCAGGGUGUUGUUCCCUGAACAAGAGAAAUCGCAGACUUUUGAGUCCCAAGUGCCAUCGAAGUAUCGGACAUGGCGUGUGCCUGACUUCUACAGCCAGUAUCUUUCACAGUUUGUGGAUGUUCGCUGGAGCAUGUCAGCUGCCAAGGUGAGUGGCAAGGUGAGCAUUGAUCACCUGAAAUGGAGUUCCCCUCAACUGGAAGUCAUUCGAGUUCCUGCUGUUUCUUGGGAAGUGAGUCUAAAUGGACGUCACUAUGUAAACAUGGCACCAGAUCUAAUGCAUUUUGCUGUGGAGCAGCCCAUCACUGUCAACAUAACCGUGAGUGCCUCACAAGGGGCGGAGACUGUGCAGGAUGUUCGGCUCGGCAUCCAGCCCAUGCAGGAGGGGGGUCAAGGUGAACUUCAGCACCCAGUGGAGCCAAGUGCCUUCAUUUGUCUGGGAUGUCAAACACGACUGUCGCCAAAGCUUGGACCAGGAUCCAGCUUAAGUCAUAACUGCACUCUUGUGUUCCUGUGUGCUGGCCACUACCGUCUUCAUAUAUCCUGCUGUGGCAUGGACAGUUCCUCCGGCACAGAGUUGUCGUGGCGCUGUCUCCCAGUUCCAGAACUGACUGUCGUAGAAAAUGCUGCUGCUGUUGUCUAGUCACUAGGAAAUAUUGCUCAGCAGAUGUUUUUGAUUUUGUCAAGUAUACAUGUUCCGUGCUAAAAGACGCGGAACAUUUAUCUGAACCUCAACUGUAAUCAGUACAUGUUUUAAAACCAUACAAUAGAGAAUUUUGUCCAAGAACUGCCUUGGGUUUUCUUUAAAAUAUAAAGUCUUUUUAGGUGUUCUGCCAAUGUUCUGCCUUGCUGCCAGAGCAGAAGUGUUUUCAGGAGCCUGAUUGGUAAUAAAGGACGAGCCAUUCCAUGGCUGUUGUUACUUAGGUGGCAAAUACCAAGAGUGUUUUUGGUUUUUUUUAAUGACACAAAUUAAUAUUCUUACACAAAAGUUUUGGGAUGGACAUAACUUACAAGCAUGUGUGGUCAUUGUUUCCAUAAAGAAUUGCACACUCAGGGUCCUGGAAACAAAUUAUUUCCACCUUUCAUCCCUGCCUCUUACCCUUGCCCUGAGAAGAAAGGGGUGGAAUACUUGCAUCAAGUCAUCAUAUUCAUUUACCCUUCACCUGGUUAUAACAUGACAUGUCUUACAGACAUUGGGGGGAAGGGAUGCAUAUGUGGUACAAGAAUCUUUGAAGUUUCAGGUUAGAGGUUAGCAGUACAAGCUGUUAUACAGGUCAGAUCUGAUUUUAAAAAAAAAUUACACUGGUGAGAGGUGUAUAUGUAGGUAGUGGUUGGUACACAGCUUUGGAGCAGGUUGGCAGUUCAAGGUUUUCCUGAAUCUGUGAUCAAAAACUACCCAUUCCACCCAUUGUAUUGCUGCCUGAUUUAUUAUGGGUGGGGGGGUUAUGGAGGGAGGUAGCAGAAAGAGGAGGUUGCAUUCUGCUCUAGGCACAGUCAGCAACUUACACUUUACUUCUUUUGUGACCACUGUGGACUCACUUUCUUAGCACAGGUUAUGCAUCUUCUGAUGUGAAAUUUCCUCCGAUUUGUAAUGUUUCAAAUCUACCAUUAGAAGUGUCAAAGUAGGCAGCUGAAGAUGUUGGUAAGUACAAUGCAGGAUGCCUUGCUGCUUGUUAGGCAGUUUGUGACUGCACAUAUUGCUCAGGUGUAAGUGUCCAAGGUGAAAAUGAUGCCAUCAAACCAGUUUGCUAGACCACAUUUCCAAAUGUUGCUAAACAUUGACCUUACAUCAUCUGUGGCAUUCUACUACAUACUUGUGCAAAUCAUACGCUAAGGUUUUUUUACUUUAUCUUAGGUCCUGGGAGAGUUGUGGCAACUUUUGUGAACUUGUCUGUGACUUAUGCCACUUUUUACACACAGUUGUUCUUGAUCACAAUAAAUUCCUUUUGAUCUAGGAUGAUUUUACUUCUGCACAACAUAUAGCCAUGUUUGUUCUGUUGUCUUUGUUUCAUUUUCUGCCUCAACUUCCAACUCAGCUUCUGCAGUUUAUCAUGAGGACUAAAUGAUAAUUUGAGCAUGAUGCCCAGGUCCAAUCACCAAGCAUUCUGGUUUUAAUGUUUCAAAAACAAAAAAAAAAGUGUUGUCAUGUGACAUUCCUCUAUCAGAUUGCCAUAUGCUUAUGCAUCAGGGAGGGAUUAACAGAUAGGUGAAAUCUGACAAGAGGAUUUUAAAACCCAUAAAGUAGUUAUCACUUAUGUAUUUUAAUUGUUUAUAAAAUACAAGGAACAUGAAAAUAAUUCUGCUGAGAAAUGCUGUUACAUUGUUAAACCCUUUUUUCUUCACUGACUGGAGGUCUGGGUGUAACUGUAUAGCUGUUGGUUUUUUUGUUGUUUUUUUUUUUUUUUUUGGAUCAGUACAGAAGUUUGGAUUUGGCUAAGAAAGAGGUAGAUAUGCAUUUUGCAGUUGCUUUGAGACCUCUGUGUUCUGUUCAUUAACUUGUGCAUGCUCCAUGCCCUCAUCAUUGGAUUCCAGUGAUUCUUCCCCCCCACCCACCUCUUUUUACUCCCUUCAGCAUAUUUUUAUCCUCCAUGAGUUUCUGUUCUCUGAAUGUGUUUAUCGGCUUAUAUGUGAUUAUAUAUAUACUGAACCUUAUAUCCAACCAAAAAAAAAUCUCUGCCUUUCAUCCCCUAAAGUAACAUUGAAAAAGAAUUUUUGGCAUUGUUUUUAAGAGGUAGAUUCAUGAUAUAAAGUGCAUCACAUUAGGUGUUACUAAGAAGUGUUAAUGAAGUAAAUCUUCAGGUUCACCUAAAAAGUCAAGGUUCACCUAAAAACAAAAACAAACUGGAAAUCAAACUAUUUUUUUAAAAUUCUCAGGUGUGAGAAUGUUCCGGUUCUUGUGCAGCUGCAGUAGUUAUUUUUAAUUUUUUUUUUUACUGCACAUUGUCAACAAAUAUGUGCUAGAUUGCCGGUCAGCUGGCUUGUUCAUUAAUUUAUAAAUCUGAUGGUUCUUCGAAGAAAGAAAAAUAUGCAUUACUGCUGCCAAGAAUUUAGCUUGCAGCAGUGCUUGUCUCAAUCUGUUGAUCUCGCAUGAAUACUCUCACUUCCUUCAAAUAUUCUCUUGAUGAAUCAAUAGAACUUUACUGAUAUUUUAAUUCUGUUUGAAACCGGAAAAAAGUACCCGUACUUGAGAAAUACUGUUGUUUUCAGGUUUUACCCACUCCACACCUGACUUUCACUUGUCCCAAAUCUAAUGCAACUUUUCCAUGAGUUGUCAAGCAUUGAGCCCCUAUCUCCUCAAUCAGGCUUCUUUAAACAUGACCAGACUUCCUCCAUCAGAUACUUUUUCUUUUCUUUUUGUUAGUGUUAUAUUCUCUGCAACAUUCAUCACUCGCAUCAAAAUCUGAUCACAAUUAUCGGAAGAUGUCUUCCAUGUCACAAGCCUACAUGGUUCGUCUUGAUGUCAUAAUGUUAACAGGUCUGUGCUCUGCUUCUCUAGCCUGCCUUAGCAGUGCCUCUUGGGAGAAGCAGUUUGCAACUGAAAAUCCUAAGUGGUUACUGAUUUUGUUUUUCUUCACAGUUUCAGUUUGUGUAUCAGACAGAAUUUAUUACUCUCUAUAGCAGAUGAAUAGCUGUUGUUAUCAUGUCAAGGUUUUGUGUGCAAAGAAUUGGAGAAUGUAGCAAUAUUUUAUCUAAGCAUGUAUAAAGGGUUUUUUUUCCAAUAAUUCUUUGGUGUGUGGUAUUUUUUGUAAGACAUAGUGGGAAUGGGAUAUUUGUAUGCUGUUACUGACAGUACUAGAAACAAACUUGUGCACAGAAUGUAUUUGCUGGGAAACUAUGUAUUAUAUGCUCACCAGGACGUAAUAGUAUUCUUUACACGAACGGAAGCAAAUUAUGUAAAGACUGUUUGCUGAAUAACAGGUCUAUGUGUCAUAUGCUCAACAGGUUGUCAUAUUUAAAUGGAGAAACGCCUUCUAAUGAUUUUUUUUUUUUUUAGGUAUAUGCAUUUGCAGCAAACUUGCAAAUUACCAGGCAUGAACAAGUACCUUUCCUUUAAUUAGAAAUUUGAACAUAAAUUUUGGGAUGUAAAUAUUAAAUGUAUCAUACAUUCCACAUUGCUUUGUAGCCAUGCUUUCUUAUAAGAAUAUAGUAGUUUUUACCUUUCUGUGCAAAUGCAUGAACGACAGUGUGCCAAUGACUGUGAUAAGGGGUAUUUAGGAAUAAUUCCAUGAACUUUAAAAAACUAAAUUUGAGGUGCCUUUUGUUGGGAGACCAUCUUCUUGUGAUAGUGCCAUCGAUUUUGGCAAAUGUACAGUGUGUAUUUUAGCAUGACCUUUAACAACCCAGGAGACUGCAGGGGCCAAUAAAAAUUGCAAAUGUUGCCAUAUUAGAAUCCUGCUAUUGCAUGCAUAUUUGAUCAAGACAAUUGGCUAAGAUGCUUAGUGUUAGCAAAUGCCGCUGGUUGUGUGAAAAAUAAAUUUGUUCACCAAUUAAGUCAUUUCAGCUAUUUAACUCACAUUAAAAAGUUAUCCAAGGAAA